AUGAAAGGCUCUGGUCUUCCCCUCUGCCUUCUCACUGCUGUGUUUUACCUCUUCUGGACACCUUCUGCUGGGCUGAAGACACUCCAUUUGGGAAGCUGUGUGAUCACCACAAACCUUCAGGAAAUGCGAAGUGUAUUUUCUAAGAUACGGGACAGUGUGCAAGCUGAAGAUGAAAUCAUCGACAUCAGAAUCUUGAGGAAGACAGAGUCUUUGCAAGACACAAAGCCUGCAGAUCAGUGCUGCCUCCUCCGUCAUAUUCUGAGACUCUACCUGGACAAAGUGUUUAAAAACUAUCAGACCCCUGACCACCACAUCCUCCGGAAGAUCAGCAGUCUCGCCAACUCUUUUCUUACCAUUAAGAAGGACCUCCGGCUCUGUCAUGCCCACAUGACAUGCCCUUGUGGGGAGGAAGCAACGGAGAAAUAUAGCCAGAUUCUGAGUCACUUUGAAGAGCUUAAGCCUCAAGAAGCGGUGCUGAAGGCCUUGGGAGAGCUCGACAUUCUCCUGCGAUGGAUGGAGGAGACGGCAUAGAAGGAAAAUGAUGCUACUGCUGAGAGUAUUCCUGGCCAAGAGUCCCAGUCCUUAGUACCAGUGGAAGCCUGACCCUAAACCACCAUCUCUUUGUUAUAUAAUUUAGUGCUGGUCACAGUGUACAUUAUUUAUGUAUCAUUUGUUUCCUUAUCGUGGUUGUCUUCAUGUGUUGCCACUCUUAAUCUAGACCAUGGUUUUAUAAGAUUUUGGUAAUAUCUUUUCUACUGUUGGAUAUAUUUAUUAGUUAAUAUUUUUAUUUAUUUUUGCUAUUUAACUUAUUUUUGUACUUGACAUAAGGCUUUCUAAAAAAAUUCAUGGAUUAUAUUUAUAACCUGACCAGAGCACGUCAUGUAUUUUCAUACAGUAAACAAACUCUGUAAAUUCUAGAGGAGUGGCUGGAGGGGGCAGUAUUCGUUUUUGUUAAAUUAAGGAUAUAUUUACUGACUGCUGAUGCUCUGUGAGAACCAAUGGCUGCUCAGUGUGUCACAGAAGAAGUUCUGAUGUGAAAUUACAGCCUUAUCUUAACAAUCACUGACCACUCGCCCAACGCCCCAACCCCAUUGUGUGUCUUCCAGCUGUGGAAUCCUGUAUGGCCAAAAUGUAUUUCUACAAAUAAAGUUUUCUUUGCGUAACA